AUGGUCAAGGGCGGAGAAUCCACAGCCUUUCAUCCGGCUCUUGGCGUUAGUAACAUUAAGAAUGCCAUUCCUCUAAUUCUUGAUCGUGAAAAAGUCCAAUAUUCCAAUUGGGUUGAGUUAUUUGAGUGUCAUGCUCAUGCUUUUGAUGUUCUUGAUCAUAUUGACCCAAAAAUACCACGUCCUACAGACCUUUCCGACACUAUGUGGAAAAGGCUUGAUUCCGUUGUCAAGAAUUGGAUUUAUGGUACUAUCUCUACUGAUUUGCUAGAAACAAUCUUGUGCAAAGGGGAUACGGCACAACAAGUUUGGGAUAAACUUAAGGAAAUUUUCCAAGAUAACAAAACCACUAGAGUGGAUCAACUAGCUAAUGUUGAUCAACCUGUGUCGGAGCAAAAACUCGUAAUUCGGCUAGUUUCGGGACUAGUGAAUACGGAUUUUGAUAUUGUUGCUGCGAUGAUACAACAAACAACUCCGUUGCCUUCAUUCGAAACAGCGAGGUCUCGGUUGCUACUUGAGGAGUCACGGCGAGCCAAUGACUCAUCGUCACAGGACUCCUCUUUUGUGGCUCAGUCCGGCACCACUACAAACUCCACGGCCACACAACAGCAGCAGGCGACACCGGCUAGUCAGGGUGGCGGCUCCAGUGGCCGUGGUCGUGGUCACGGCCGAGGACGAGGCAGGGAUCGUGGCCGAGGUUCUCCACAACAGCAACAACAACAAUCAGGCCCACAAUGGGGCGCACCUCAACAGCCUUCACAGUGGAAUGGCCCACCCAAUCAGGCCCAGCAAGCCUCCCUGCAAUGGGGUCAGGCGCCAUUCCCUUAUCCUCAACAGUGGACUAGCCCAGGACCUCCAUACCCGCGUCAGCAAACAAGGCCACAGCAUGCCUAUUUCUUUGGGUCUCCUCAACAGUCCUACGUAGCUUCCUCUUCUCAUGGAUCGGAGUAUGGUUCGACAAUGACUCCAACUAAACUGUGA